AGAGAAUUACACCAAAUGAAAGAUCUAUACCCUUUUCGAUCUUAUAACAAAAGCUCCAUACUUCUGUAGAUAACACAUACUAAACGCACAUUCCUUUAACUUUUGAUCAGAGAGGAAUUAGUUGGAAGCUUUCUGCAGACUGUUUACCGCAUACAUAAUUCUUAGUCCUGUAAAAAAGGUUUUAUAGCUUUUACAUGAUGAUGAAUAUUGCGUCAUAUGUUUCUUGCAAACAAGUUCAUCAUCAGCCACUUAUUAAUUUCCGAGAGGGUCUAACUAUCGAUCCCUUUAUGCCCCGUCGACGAAAGGACAAGGUGGUGAUAGUUAUGGGAGCAACAGGGACUGGAAAAUCUAGACUUUCAAUUGAUCUAGCCAACCAUUUUCAAGCAGAGGUUGUGAACAGUGACAAAAUGCAAGUGUACAAAGGUCUUGAUAUAGUCACAAAUAAGGUAACAGAGGAGGAGACCUGUGGAAUCCAACAUCAUUUGUUAGGAAUUGCUGACCCUAAUGAAAAUUUCACUUCCACUGACUUUGUUCACCAUGCUUCGAUGGCUGUGGGAUCAAUAACAAGAAAGGGUCACCUACCGAUAAUUGCUGGAGGGUCGAAUUCGUACAUUAAGGCCCUAGUGAAUGAUGACAUUGAGUUCAAAUCCAGGUACGAAUGUUGCUUUCUCUGGAUUGAUGUGGACCUGGCAGUACUGCGUCGAUUCGUGUCAGAACGAGUGGAUAAGAUGGUGAAUGAAGGGUUAGUAGAGGAAGUGAGAGAAUUUUUCAACCCUGAAGGUGAUUACACAAAUGGAAUUAGACGUGCAAUUGGAGUUCCAGAAUUGGACCAAUAUUUCAGAAAUGAGAAUAAUAAGUUAAUAGAUGAAGAUGCCCGUAAUAGGAUUCUUCAAGUUGCCAUUGAAAAAAUUAAGGCCAAUACAUGCAAAUUGGCAACAUGUCAACGUCAAAAUAUUCUUAGACUUGAGAGCCAACUCGGGUGGAAUAUUAGUCGACUUGAUGCAACUGAAGCAUUUGAAAAAAAAGGUGGUGAAGGGCAUCAAGCUUGGCAUAGGCUUGUCUCUGUACCAAGUACUCGAUUUGUUCGCCAUUUUCGUCGCGAAGAACUUUUCAAUAUCCCUUCUCCUUCCUUCUUGCCUGCAUCUUCUUCCAUUAAUAUUGAAACCACCAAACCUCCUGCAAUAUUGUCCACUUUUUGAUCUAUCUUUACUAGCUAGUUUCAUACUGUGGCAAUAUAAUUAUAAAAUCAAUAACUCUGAGAUUUUGUUCGCACACGCAACAGAUCCUGGAAAGUCUCCUUUUUUUUUCCUUACUGUUUUUAACUGACAGAGGUUGCUGUCAAGUUAGUUAUGGACUUGGAAUUCAGUGCCUUAACCUCCCUAUCUAAAAUAUUGGAGAGUGCUGGCAGCUAUUUUUCACAAUAGGUGCACGGGCCAAUUUUUGAUACCCUUUUGUUAUAGGGUAUUUUUCUUAGGUAGUUUGUGGGGUCUUUUAACUUUUAGAAUGUCUAUAUUGUAUUUUUUGAAUCUAAAUAAACCGUGUAGAACCUUUGCCACCUCAUUCUUCAGACGGAAAAACAAUGAAGGAUGAGUGGCAUUUUGGUAUCUAAAUUCUGUACUUUGACAUGAGCUGUAUUAUUCUCACUUCAAUGUAUAGUCAUGUUUAAAAGUA